CAUAACCUGUGCUCACGCCUCAUCUUUCUUCUUUUGCCAUUACUUCUCUAUUUCCUCCAUCCAACUACUCAAUCACCUCCACACUUCCUUCACCAUCGCCCUUUCACCCCACUAACAGCCAACAUCCUGACAGUGGUUAUCCUGUCCCAGCUGGUGCUGCGUCGUCAGAAAUCCUCCUACAACUAUCUCCUGGCUCUGGCAGCCGCCGACAUUCUGGUUCUACUCCUGAUUGUUUUUGUUGACUUCAUUUUGGAAGACUUCAUCUUGGCCAUGCCUUUGCCGCCGUCCUUAAACAGUGCAGUGCAGGUGCUGGAGUUCUCCUCCAUUCACACCUCAAUCUGGAUCACCGUGCCUUUGACCAUCGACCGCUACAUCGCCGUCUGCCACCCACUGCGCUACCACACGGUCUCCUAUCCCGCCCGCACGCGCAGGGUGAUAUUUGCGGUGUACGUGUGCUGUUUGCUGUCUGCAGCUCCUUAUUAUUGGUGGCCUGAGCUGUGGCACAGUCUGCCAGGGAUGGGCAGCGGUGGCAGCGGUGGCACAGACGCAGGGGAGGGCAGCAGAAGGACCGUGGCCCAGCACGUUCUGGUGUGGGCUCACUGCACCACCGUCUACCUGCUCCCCUGCACCAUCUUCUUCUCCCUCAACGCUGUCAUCGUGCGCAAGCUACGUAGACGCCGCAACUGUUUUCGCCUCCGUGGUUACUCCACCGGCAAAACCACCGCCAUCCUCCUCGCUAUCACGUCCAUUUUUGCAGUGCUGUGGGCGCCCCGCACCCUCAUCAUCCUCUACCACUUCUACUCCCCUCCUCCGGCCACUCAAGAUGCCGGGCGGCUGCUGCACACACUCACCGAUCUGGCAAACAUGCUAGCGUUGCUCAACACGGGCGUCAACUUCUUCCUGUAUUGUUUCAUAAGCAAGCGUUUCAGGGGCAUGGCGGCCAACGUGCUCAGAGCGCUGGUCCACUGCCGCAAGCAAGCGGCACCGUUCUACGCCAGCCACAACUUCUCCAUCACGAGCAGUCCCUGGAUCUCACCAGCCAACUCCCACUGUAUCAAAAUGUUUGUAUACCAGUACGACAAAAAUGGAAAGCCAGUCUGUAUUUCCAACUGAGUCUCUUAGCCACCAGCAGCUACCCCCCCACCUCAGUCCUAAGGGGGACAUAUUUUAGGAUUUGUCUCUGUUGUGACCAGCGUUGGCCACGUGGGACUCUUUGACGCUCUGAAAUGUCAACACGACUGGAAGCUACAGAGCUAGCUUUUACAACAAAGUGACUGGCUGGUAAGAUGGAGGAGCCAACUGCACACGUGUGUUUGGCAGAACUGACAUGUCAAAUAAAUUAUUCACAAAGCAGUGACCAGCAUCAAAUAGAGAGUGAAUAUUUCCUCUUUGCAAAAAAAAUGGAGCUAAUGUAGACUGAGAGCAGCUCAUGUCAGUGACUGAUAAAACUGUUAUCACACACAUCCAUCACUGACUUUAUGAGCCACCUUGUGAAUCAGUGCCAUGGUCUAAACUGACAAUUAGAGGAAUCCUUGGUGAAGCAUCAAGUGGUUUGGCAGCAGAGCCAGCCAAACGUGGAGGCGAUUUGAACAGCUGCGUCUCUGCUCCUCCGGGAGUCGUUUCGACAUGGCAGAGAUACAGUCGGCGUCUGGGCAUUAAACACCUCAGCUGAAUAAGGUGAUCCACUCAGGCAGAACCACUGACAGCGUGUCGGCUGCCUGUAGUACCCACUUGUCUCCCAAGCAAAGUUAAACAGCGCUGUAAUUUCCCAUUUAAUAUGCAGAGGAGUCUCCAAGGCCGGAUAAAUGGCUUUAUAAAACAAGACCAACCCCCUCCACCAUCCCCCCCCCCUCAACUGUACGCUGUGUGUGCUGCGUACAAGACUGCACUGGUUGUCCAGCACCAACUGACCACACAGUGAAGUGGCUGUAGAAUGAGUAGGUGCUCAAUGUUGACUCACAGUAGACCUGACUGUAACUGAUGAAAGAGUUUCUGUGACGUCAUCAAUCGACUCAUCGCAUUUUUAAAUGGGACACUUUUGCUAAAAGU